CCUUCUCAUGAAUCGCUACAUCAUGCAGCUUGCACUGCUAGAAAACACUUAGAUCUAUUAGUACUAGAUUAAUAGGAGAGUUUUAGAAUACAAGACUAGAAUAUUUUGAGUUUUAGAAUACAGUCGUUGUUAUCAUGUUUUCCUUAUAUCGUACAUUGCCACUAAUAACAAUUUUUGUGGCAAUUUAUGUUGUUACAAAUUGCGUGACGACCGCACGUGAAAUUACCAGAGAUCAUUAUGACGAUCUUCAGAUAGCCGCCAGUCAUCAUCAUGAACAUGGUGGUGGAGAAGAUCAUCAUUCCCAUCAUCAUCAUGAACAUGGUGAUCAUGGUCAUAAAGGCUACAAACAUCACGAUCAUCACGGGAAGGGUGAAAAAGGACAUCAUCACAAAGAGCAUCAUCAUGGACAUCACGAGGAGCACGGAGGACACAAGAAGCAUCAUCAUCAUGAUGAUGGUCAUCAUCACGAACAUCAUCAUGGCGAAAAAGGAGAGAAAGGUCAUAAGUUUCAUGAGAAGGGACACUAUGGCAAAGGCCAUAGCACCCAUGGUCAUCACGAAGUGAAGAAGCACGAUGAAUACAAGAAGGACAAAGAAUUCUUUGAUGAACAUCACGAUCAUGGUCAUCAUGAGGAACAUGGAGGCCAUCAUCAUGAACAUGGACACAAAAAAGGUGGCCACUUUAAGAAAGGGCAUCAUGAUCAUCAUCAUCAUGAAGAUCACCAUGGUAAGAAGGGUCAUCAUGAGAAGGGUCACCAUCAUCAUGAUCAUAAGGGACACAAGGGUCACCACGAUCAUCAUGAACACCAUCAUCAUCACCAUCAUCAUGGCAAGAAGGGCGGUCACGAAGAUCAUAAGGAAUGGGGUUACAAAAAGGGACAUUAAAAUUUGUUGCUACUCAGGAGAUACCACCAGCUGCUUUUAAAUAGAAUUCUGUUACUCGUUUUUACUCCUAUUAUUCAUGCUUUUUUCUCAUGUUAUACAAUAAUUGUUAGUUAUGCAUAUAUUGUUGAAAUAAAGUAACAUA